AUGAGCGACCGCGGGGCAGACCGGCCCGCGUGGGGGCGCGACGACGAGGACGACAUCUCGAGUCGCCUGGCCGGCGCGAGCAUCUCGGAUCGGCAGGGCUCUGGGAGGCGGCAGCGCGGUGCCGGGCGGGGCCGCGGCGCGUGGCGGGAGCGGCCGGACAACACGGGGGAGGCACCAGUGACGCCUCCGCCGGGCUUGAGCGCCGCUCCCGGGCAGGCAAGCGGCUGGGACUUCGACGUCGAGAAGCCAGAGUCCGCGUCGCCGCCGGAAUCCGCCGGGAAAACGGAGCGAGCGCGCGACGCGGCGCGAGGCCGACCCCUGCACAGCACCGGCCCGCGGCGCGACGACCACGCGGCCGUUGCGGCCGGCCCGGUGCUGUCCGAUGACAUCUCGGCCGCAGGGCACGUUCUCGAGGUGUACGAUCUCACAAAAGAGGUCAAAACGGAGGACGUGGAUCUGUUUGCGACGCGGCUGCGGCCGUCCGCGAGCGUUCCUGCGCCGUACGUGGUCCGCGUGGACGACGCGCACGCGCUCGCCGUCUUCGGCUCCCCGGACGACGCCACGGAGGCCCUCGCGCGCGCCGCCUCGGGCGCGGAGGCGUCACCGAACCCCCCCCGGGGGCGCGGCAGCACCCGCGCCGCCGCCGCCGCGCGGCCCCCUGCGACGUUCUCCGUGCGGGCCGUCGCGGACAGCACCCACGCGGCGACGCUGCGCACGCCCGCGUCGCGCGUCGCCCCGGCGCGCCGGCGCCCGCAGACCAACACCGCCGUCGCGCGGCGCCUCAUCGGCGGCGCCCUGGGCAUCAACAUCAACAAGGAGAUCCGGCGGAUGGCGGAGAACUCCGAGGAUGCGGACGUCGCGCGCCGCGGACAGCGCAUGGCGGCCGAGACGCAGCGGUUCGAUGACCUCCAGCGGCAACGCGCCAAGGGGCAGAAACAGGGCGACGCGUCCGCGGGGAAGGCCGAGCCCGGAGGCGGGGCUGGCGGGCGCGUUCCGCGCGGAAGGGGCCGCGCGGCGCCGAGCGCGUGGGACGACGGAUGA